AUGGGAGAGGACAAGAACAAGCUCUUCGUGGGCAGCCUGCCGCCAGACAUUACGGACGAUGAAAUCCAGACGGCCUUUGGGACUUACGGCACCGUCGUGGAGCACCACAUCAUGCGAGGCAAGUCCACCUCCGGCCAGGCCUGCUGCUUCAUUGUCUACGAGAACAAAGCGUCGGGCGAUAGCGCCAUUGCGGCGAUGGACAACGCCCUGACGCUGCGGGAGGGUGGCAAUCCCAUCCGCGUGUCCUGGGCCAAGGGCCGAUCUGGUUUUGGAGGCGGCUAUGGUGGCGGCUGUGGUGGCGGAUAUGGCGGCGGCUACGGCUGCGGAUGCGGCGGCGGCUACGGCGGCGGCUGCGGCGGCGGCUACGGCGGCGGCGGCUGCGGCGGCUACGGCGGCGGCUGCGGCGGCUGUGGCGGCGGUUAUGGCUGUGGCGGUUGUGGCGGCUGUGGCUGCGGUGGCUACGGGGGCUUUGGGGGAGGCUGUGGUUGUGGGGGCUGCGGCGGUGGCUGUGGCGGCUGCGGUGGAUGCGGCGGGUGGGGCUGCGGUGGCAAGGGCCAGUGGGAUAAAGGUUCGGGCGCGCUGCAGAAGUCCAAGCUGUUUGUUGGGAACCUCCCGGCAGACAUCAGCCAGGAGGUGAUUACGCAGGUCUUUGGCACCUACGGCUCAGUCACGAACGUCCAUGUCAUGGCGGGCAAGUCGAAGAGCGGUCAGAGCUGUGCUUUCGUGGAGUAUUCGAGCCCAAGCGAAGCAGAGACUGCCGUGUUGACCCUGCACGACAAGUACGAGAUCCGUCCAGGCGAGGGCAACAUCUCGGUGAAGUUCGCGAACUCGGGGUCCCGGCCUGGCCCGUACUGA